UCAUAUGUGGAAUAUAUGUCAAGCGCCGUGUCUUCGGUCGACACAAGAGAAAUCAUUGAUUGAUAAGAAAAUUAUUAAACAAUUUGAUGACAAUAAUAGCAAAAAGGCAAUGGUUGUGGACAGUCAGCCCUAUAACAGCCCCGUUGUCUCGCGUGUCUUAAACACUGCCGACUCGAUGGUCGGUCGCCGACAGAUAGCCGCCACCGGCGGCAGUGGCGGCGGUGGUGACUAUGAAUCGCUCAAAAGUGUCGACAACAAUGGUUUUGUGCCGUCAUCGGCAUCGGCGGCCAACACUCGGCCCAAUACGGCUACCGGUGUUGUCGACAAUCAGCCCAUCCAUAUGUCUAGUGAUUGUUGGGCUGCAGCCGACUCGGGUGGCGGUGGCGGCGGUGGUGGUCAGGGAGGAGCACCCGAUACCGAGUAUCGGCAAAAUUAUCAAUGGUCACGGAUAGCCUCAAGUAGUGAUAGUAUUAACAAUAAUACUAAUAAUACUAAUGAUAAAUAUUCGAGCCAAUCGGAGUACAAGCGGUCGUUUGGUUGGCCAAAAAAACCGUCGAUUCAACGACGGGGUACAGAAUCGCCGAUUCCGGCUCCGGGAGUUGCCGUACCGUUGGAGACCAGCGGCAGCUACGGCGGCGGCGGUAUGAAAAAAUCGGUUACCAUAUCCAGUCUGAGUGAUGUCGCCGCCGGCUGCGGUGGCGGUGGUGGUAGUGGUCGGGAGACACCCGGUGGUGGCCAACAACAAUCGGUGUCCAAUCAGUCGACACCGGCCAAGAAAAGCGAAUAUAAUACCAAAUUUGAACCGUUCAGCGACUAUGUCUACAUUGCGGGCAAUGGUUUCAAAAAACCGAAAGACUUGGACAGACGGUCGGUCGGCGACCAAGAGGUCAAACAAUGGUAUUCGGAGGUUCAGGAGAGGUCACGUCAGGCCAACGAAUAUAAGACCAGAUCGACGUUAGGUCAUCCACUGGCCAGUGAAGGUCUGUCAUUGAUCUACUCCCAGGGCUCGCAAGUUCAGGCCUAUCACAGGGAUCGUAACCUACAGGCCCUGGACUUGGAGACAACCAAACGUAUUAUUGAGGAGAAAAAACUUGAAAGAAGUAGCGCCCGAUCCAUGUCGGCGGCACCCAAAAGAGGCCGUAAAAGGUGUCUGAGCUCAGCGCCGCCAACACUACGAUCGGAACGUCAUAUACCCAGUAGUAGUAGUACUACAAGUGCUUCUUCACACACAACCACAGCUACGACAACAACAACAACAACCGCACCGACUGUUCGCACGAAAUCUCCGUUUAGUACUUCUUCUUCACACGUCAGGUCUUCAACAACUGAUGGUCCGCAACAACAACAACAGGAAAAGCUGACAAAACAGCAUAAAUCAGCAGCGGUUAGUUCAGCACCGAUACCACCAUCGAGACAACAACAACAGCAGCCAGAAGGCGGCAAAGUGUGGAUCAAACCGACAAAACAUAAGUCACAACAGGAGCCGCCAAAGCCGACUUCGGCGGUGCCGUCGGAUACCAAUGGAAACUAUGUUAACAAAGAAGUAAAGAAAUCGGUGCCAAAACAACAACAACAACAACCGUCGUCUCCAAUGUCACCGAAAAGGUCAUCAACAAGAGAUAGAAGUCAGACUAGAAAACCAGUGGUCACACAGUUAUUGUCGUCGUCGGCGUCGUCAUCAGCGGCGGCCACUACGACAAAGCCAUCUAAGGAUAGCCAUCAUCAGCAACAGCAGAAAAGUAGUGGUAAAGAGUCGGCGUCGUCGUCGUCGAGGACUAAAUCAAGUGAUAGUUUAACAAAAAGUUUGCCAAAAGUUGAGACUACGAAUAAAGCGGUCGUAAGAAAAGUGCCGAAAGAAGGAGGAGGAGGUGGAGGAGGAGGAACUCCUUCUGGUGAUAGUAGAAGAAGUAGCAGAAGAAGUAGUAGUAGUAGUAUUAAAGCAAAAGAGUUGGCGGCGGCGACGGCUGCGGCGGCGAUGGCGGCUAAAGCUGCAGAUCAAUUGGCAGCAGAAGCCGCAGCCACCGCUGCCGCUGAUGAUGACAACGAUAUCAAUAGACAAAAUGAAAUAAUUUUGACAAUGAAUAACACGGAACAGUCAGUUGUUAUGGAUAACAACAAACAACAACAACAAGAAGUAGAUGUAGAAGAAGUAGAAGAGUUAUUGAAAUCAAUGGUCAAAUUGGAUACUGAAAUGUCCGCCACUUUGGAUGUGUCAUCAGUUGGUGAUAAUAAUGAUGAUAACAGUAUUAUUGAUAGUCAAGUAGUGACAGAAAAGACAGAAAAGGAGGAGAAAAAUGAAAAGAAUAGUACUGUCGAUGAAGAAGAGAAAGAAGUAGUGAUAGAAACAAGUGAUUCAAAGCCAUCAUCGGAUAUUACCACCGAUGAUGAUGUACUGAUGACAACAACAACAGCAGCAGCAGAUGAAACCAAUGUUGUUGUUGUUGAACAAACAACUGAAGACACUAUGAAAGAUGUGAUGGUAGCCAUGGAAUCAAUGGAUAAACUACUAGUAGAUGAAGAUGUGUUGACAAAAGACAAGUCAGACAUUGAACAGACAUCGAUGCCUACGGAAAAAAAUGAUGUGAUCUCUAUGUCUGAAAGUGAUAGUGAAAACCGAUCUGAAGUUAAUACUAAUGAUGACAACAACGUACUGAUAAAAACAGAUAUCAUCGACAAAGUUGUAGACAAGGAUCUGAUAGCAGAGACAACAACAACAACAACAGCAACACUAAGUGAUAAUAGUAUGACUACUGAUGAUAAUAAUAGUGGUGUUGUUGGUGUUGUUGCCGAUGAUGGUCUAAAAGACAAGAAUACUGAUGUGGAUAAGGAUGUGGUGCUGAAGAAAAAUGUUGAAGAAGUAGAAGAAGAAGUGCUUAAACAAAUCAGUGGUGAUUUAAAUACAGAUAUUAUUACCACUACUACUACUACUGAUAAUCAAUUAGCAGUUGACAAACCAACUGAUGAUACUAUUGAUGGCACUGAAAACCAGUCGUCAAAACCAGUGAUUAUUUCAGAGAUAGAUCUGAAGACUACUACUACUGAAGAUAAAGACGACGACUUCAAAGUAGAAUCAAUGCCUACAACAACAACAACUACUACUACUACUACUGGUGAAGAGGAAACUACUAUUGUCUUAAAGACUAGUGAUAUAACUGGAGAUAUUUCCGACAACAAAGACACAGAUCUUUUGAUGACAAAGUCAACAACGAUUAGCGAUAGCAACGACAAUAAGAUGGAUGAAGAGUUGUUAAGAGCUAAAGAAGUGGUUCCGAUUGAAACCAGUGAUGAUUUAAAAGCAGAUAUUACUACUACUACUACUACAACCACUACGACUAAUACCACUGAUGAUGAUGUAGUGGCAGAUAUACCGACUAAAACCGAUGAUACCAUUGUUUCGUCGAAACCAGUAUCGGAAGAGCCAGCGAUUCAAGAGAUAGUUGUGAUAACAGACAACAAACCAGAAGAAGACGAAAAGUUGAAGACUACAGUUGAAGUUGAAGUCAAAGACAACAAAUCGAUGGCCAUUGUUGUUGAAGAUGUCCUAACAAUUAGUGAUAAUAAUAAUAAUAAUAAUAAUAAUAAUAAAGACAAUAAAAACAUGAAUACAUUAGAGACGACAUCAAUAGAAACCGAUAAUUCAGAUGUUGUCGACAAAAAUCAACUGACAAAAGAUACAAAAGAGUUGUCAUCGAUGGCUAGUAGUAGUAAAGUAGAUGAAGAUGAAGAUGUCUUAGAGAGUAAUAAAAAUAUUACAACAAUUGUCGACAACAAAAAAUUACCGACAGAAGAAUCGGUGAUGAAAUCAAUUGUCACGGAAGAAGACACUAAUGAAAGUCAUAUUACUUUUGACACUAAGAAGGCUGAAGAUAAUGCUAACCGAAAGCCAAGUGAUAGUGAGAUUACAAGUGAUAAAAAUAGUUUAUUAUUAUUAUCAUCGAUGGAUCCAAUGGUCGAUAAAGUGGUCGCCGAUAAAGAUGUCGCGGAGAUAUCAGAGUCAUCAGCGAUUAUAAGUGAUAAUAAUAAUAGUAGUAAUAGUAUGACAGCUACUGAUGAUAGUGUGAUAGUAGUAAAAGACGACAACAAAGAAGUGGUUAAAAGUGCCGAAGAAGUGGUCAAAUCCAAUGAUUUAAAACCAUCAGACAUUACUACUACUACUACUACUACUACCACCGAUGAUAAUGUCAAAGACGACAUACCGACGUUGUCGUCGUUGUCUAAUAAAACUAUUGAUAGUAUGGAAAAUGUUUCAUCAAAAUCAUGGGAACAACCAGUGGUUCAACAAUCAGAAGUCAAAGACAAUGACAAAUCGAUUACAACUCCUAUCACUGAAGAUGUUUUGGUCAAAAAGUCUGUUAAAGACGAUUUGAUGGACAAUAAAACUAAAUCAGAAAUCAAAACAACCAGCSAUUCUAKUGUGGUAUCGGCAGACAUACCGACGCCGACUAAAACUGAUGAUAGUAUUAUCGUUGAUGAAAACGUCUUGUCGUCAAAACAACUACUAUCGGAACUAUUGGUGACAACAGAUGUUAUGAUGAUUACCACAGAAGAUAAGUCUAAGACUAUAGUAAAAGAUGAAUCAAUGGCUACUCAUGACGACGACGAAGAAGUCUUGAAGAAGAAAACGACUUUAAGUGAUAGUAAAGACACUGUUUCUGAUAAAACAAUUGUCGGACAACAACAACAACUAGACGUCGACAAAGAUGUCGCUGAAUUGGUAUCAAAGUCGACAACAAUUGAUGAUAAAAAUAAUAGUAUAGUAAGCGACAAGAAGAUAAAAGAGGAUAAUAAUAAUAGUCUUAAUGUUGAAGAAAAAGAAGUUAUCAAAUCAGUAGAUAUUAGUACCACUGAUGACAACGAUGAUGUCAAAGAAGACAUACCGUCGUCGUCGACAAAAACUAUUGAUACCAUUGUUGGUGGCAUUGAAAACAUGUCGUCAAAACCAGUAUCGGAGGAACCAAUGGUCCGACAACCGAAAGAUGCUGUCGAGACCACAGAAGACAAUAAAAAUAAGACUAAGACUACAGUCGAUGCCUACAAACCCGUUGUUGUCGAAGAAGAUGUCCAGAAAUUUAGCGAUAAUAAUAACAAUACUAAAACAGAUCCAAAACAAUUGACAACAGAUUCGUUGCCACAACAGUUGCCAACAAUUGACAACAAAAACACAUCCGCAACGACAACAACAACAACAACAACUGAUCCAAUAGUUUCGUCUAAAGACAACACGAAACCAACUGUUGAUGACUUUAAAGCUGAUGACAGCAGUAUAGCAAAAGACAAGAAGACUUCUGCUACUGAUGUUAGAGAACUAGAAGAAGAAGAAGAAGAAGAGGAAGUGAUCCUAAAGUUUAGCGAUAUAUCAGUACUGCCGCCACAAAAAUCAGAUACCAUUGUUGGCGACGUCGCCGCCGCUGCCGCUGAUGACGACUAUUCAGCCGAUAGAUCGUUGACAUACAAAGUGGUCAGCAAUGAUGACGACAAUGUAAUUGACGCCAAACGACAGCCAAUUAGUGAAACAUUAUUUACCGAUUAUUUGCCGAAACAAAAAUCAACAGAUGAUUUGUCGACAACAUUAUCGACAAAAAGCAGCGAUAGUUCUUCAUCUUCUUCUUCUUCGGGCAGUACACUGAUUAGUGAAGAUAAUAAAGACAACAAUAAAAAUGAAUUGAAGACAACGAUGACCAGCGAUUUGAUGGCUAAAUCAUCAGAUGAUAGCAUAGAGAAGACAAAAACAACAGAUAUUGACGUUAAUGUUGGUGUCAUUGAUGACAAUAUCACAGCUAAAUCUGGUGAUCAAUUGAAGACAACAACCAUUGAAAGCACACAAUCAUCGGUCAGUCCAUUGAAAGCUAGUAGUGGUGGUAGUGGUGGUGAAGAUCUGUUGCCAGACAUUAGCAGCGAUAGUAAAACAGAUAAGCAGAUGAAAGUCGAUGACAAUGUCAAACAAGAUAUGACUAACGAAAAGAAGUCUUCAAUAGCGUCGACGGCGGCAACAGUUGAUGACAAUAACAAGUUAUUAUCAACGGAUGUGCCAUCAGUUGAGCAAACAAUGUCGUCGUCGACAACAAAAACUGACGAAUUGGUCACUAGUUCUUCCAGUUCUUUGUUAAAUAGCAGCAAAAAUACUGACAUUAUAUUAGACAAGAAUUUAGCGAACAAGUCAUCAACGAUUGAAUUGUCUGAAGAAGUCAUGGUUUCGGCUAAAGAUGACGACCUAAAGAAGUCGUCGUCGUUGAUAUCGUCAGAAAACAUGGAAAAGACAAAUAAUGAAGAAAAACAAGUGACGACCAAAACUAAAGAUACUUUUGACACUAAUUCAGAGUUGACAACAACAAUGGUUGACGAAAACAAGUCAUCAUCGGAUGUGUCGUCAAAGACACCGAUAGUCAUGAGCUCUACCAUCGAUGAAUCAUUGAUGGCCACUGGACUGGACAUCACUACUGCUGAUGAUAAUGUAUUGAUAGCAAAGAAAUUUUUGUUGGAAACUGUUGUUAGCGAUAAUAGUAAAGACAUUUCAAUUGGCGAUACAAUAGUUAUUGAGGACAACAAAGAAGAAGAUUUGUCGUCAAAGUCGAUACCAGUUAGUGAUAAUAAUAUAGGAAAUGACAAGAAAAACGAGAAAAAGACAAAGAAGAAGAAGAAGAGUCUUAUUGCUGAAGAAGAUGAAGAAGAAGAAGAGGAAGAAGUUGUGAAAGACAUACCAUUAGCUAAAACCGAUACCAUUGUUGGCGGCAUUGAAAACCAGUCGUCAAAAGUAUCAUCGGAUCCACCAGUGAUUCAACAACAACAACAACAGAAAGAUGUUGAUGUUGUUGUUGUGUCGAAAACAGUGGACAAAUCAGAUGACAAUAGGUUUACAGCCGAAGAAGAUAUAUAUAAAUCUAUUACCACUGCUGAAGAUGUCCUGAAGACAUUUAGCGAUAAUAAUAACCAUACGUUUGAUAUGAAAACCGAUAAAAUUGUGACAAAAACUGACGAUAAGACAGAUAAGACAACCACAACAGCAGCUAAAGACUUGAUACCUACUUCGGAAGAUAUCCUAAGAUCUAGUGAUAGUAAAGACAUUGAUUUUGACAACAAAAACAAUAAAACAUUUUCCGAAGAUAUCGGAAAAUCUGAUACAUCUUCUUUAGGACAGAAGUAUUCAUCAGUGACUGAAAAAUCGGAACCAAUUGGCGACAAAAGUCAGACAACAACCACAACAACAACAGCUAAAGACUUAAUAACUACUUCGGAAGAUAUCCUAAGAUCUAGUGAUAGUAAAGACAUUGACGACAAAAACUUUUUACAAACAUUUUCGGAAGAUAUCGGAAAAUCUGAUACAUCUUUAGGACAAAAGUAUUCAUCAGUGACUGAAAAAUCGGAACCAAUUACUGACAAAAGUCAGACCACAACUACAACAACAACAACCACUGAUGACAAGAAUAUAAUCAAAGAUACCAUAACUGAUACCAAAACUAAUAAUAAUAAUACUAAAGAAGAAGACGUUUUUGUGGACAACAAAACAACAACAAAAACCGAUUCAAUUGUUCAAAAAUCAGACGACAAGUCUGAUGACAAUAAUUUAGUUAAAGACUCGACAACAAUGGCUUCUAAAGACAUUGUUGUCGUCGGCAAAUCAUCAAUUGAUCCGAUUGUUGUCGCCACUGAAGACAAGAAAAUUUCGACGACUAUUAGUAGUGACAACAAGAUUACUGAUAGUCUGAUUGUAAAAGACAACGACAACAACAACAACAAGAGUACAGAUAAAGUUGAGGAGAAGAAAAUCACUGACAAAGAAGUGGUAAAAUCAAUGGAUUUAAAGCCAUUAGACACGACUACUACUCUCACCACCACUGCUGAUGAUGAUGUCAUUGAAGACAUAACGCCGACUAAGACGACUGAUACCAUUGUUGUUGGCACUGAUAGCUUGUCGUCAAAACUAUCGGAACAACCAAUCAUUCAACAGCAGAAAGCAAUUGUUACCACUGAUGACAAGCUUACAGCAGACAACAAAUCCAAGAUUUCAUUAACCGAUGAUAAUGAUGUCUUCAUCGACCAAAAGUCUAGUGAUAUUAUUAGAAACGAAGACGAUUUAGUGGACAAACAAACUGUGGAUACAAUUGUCGAUAAAAAUAUGACAGACAGUAGUAAUAUAGCGAAAGACGAUUUACAAAUGGCUGCUAAAGAACUAGCGGUUGGUGUUGUAGUAAAAUCUGGUGAUAUUUCUGAAGAUAAUAAGCCAAUAGUUAAAGAUGUAUCAAAAGAUUUGAUGUCUAAGUCAUCAGCGAUUAGUGAUAGUACUGAUAGUAUGAUCACUGAUAGUGUGGUAAAAGACGACAAUAAGAAUAAGGACGAGAAGAAAACCAUUGACAACAAAGAAAUGGUUGAAAAAUCAAUUGAUUUAAAGCCGUCGGACAUUACUUCAGAUUAUUCAGUGCCGACUACUACUAGUGAUAUACCGAUUAAAACCAUUGAUACUAUUGUUGUUGAAAACUUGUCGUCAAAACUAUCGGACAAACAACCAGUGAUUGACAACAACAACAAAAAGAAAGAUGUUAUGACUACUGAAGACAAUAACAAUAAAUCCAUACCUAUUGGUACUGAAGAUGUCCUAACAAUUAGCGGUAAUAAUAAUAAUAAUAAUAAUAAAACCAUUAAUACAUUAUCGACGACAACAAAAUCUGAUACAUCUUCUUCUGCUUCUACUUUGUCUUCUUCGGCAAACAAAUAUUCAUUGCCUGAAGAAUCGGAACCAAUGAUUGACAGCAAAAGUCAUACCACAAUCAUUACUGCGGCUGCUGUUGCUGUCGAUGACGACGACCACAAACAAACAGUUGAUAAAACAGUGGUAAAAGACUUGUCGAUGAUGGCUGACAACAAAGAAUCUUCAGCAGAAUUAUUAGUUAAAGACGACGACCACUACUCAUCAAUGGCUGCUGUCAUCGGACAUGAAGUAGGAGAUGAUGUCCUAAUGUUUGACGAUAUUUUGGACACCAGAAACACAUCGACUGUAUCGACAAAAUCAGAUACAAAAGACUUGCUGUCGUUGUCGUCGUCAUUAUCGCAAUCAAUUGGUGGCGAAAUCAACAAUAAAACUAAAGAAACUAAUAAUAAUAUUUUGAAGGAAUCAAUGACUACUACAACAACAUCGACAACCACUGCUGCUGCUGCUGAAGAUUUCUUAAAGUUUAGUAAUAAUAAUAAUAAUAUUAAAGACAAAUCUGAUAAUAAAACUACCGGUUUGUCGACAAAAUCCGAUACAACAACAACACAAACGACAACAACAUCUUUGACAGAUUCGCUGAAAGAAUCGAAAAAGAAAUCAAUUGAUGGCAACAAAACCGAUGACAAUAAGUUAGUCUCGAAGAUGGCUGCCAUCGGUAUCGAUGAUGAAGAUAUGCAACAGUUUGGUGGUAGCAUUGAUGACAUGGAUUCCUCCUUACAAUUGUUGGACACAAAAAUUACUGAUACUUCAGCAACAAAAUCUUCUUCAUCAUCAGCAAAAACAGUGGACAAAACUAGAGGAGAAUCAGUAGAUAAUAGUUUAUAUAAAGAACUGAUGGCUGCCGAAGAAGUCCGUAUGUUUGGUAGCCAUAGUAGGAAAGACAGUACUACUACUGGAUUGACACAACAAUCGGAUCAAUUGAUAAUUGGUGUCCAACAAGAUAUGACGGCACAAAUCGCUGACCAACAACAACAACAACAACAGCAGCCGGUGUCCAGCGAUUAUAUGUCGGUCAGCGAUAGCCUGAAGACAACACUGUCGACAACAACCACUGAUACCAUAUCGGAUAUGUCUUCACUAUCGUUGGGUCUGAUGUCGGACAUUGAGACCAGCAGUGGCGGCGGCGGCGGUGAUGUUGUCCUCGUUAAAGACGAUAAUAGUAAAUCACAGGCCAUAGCCAGUAGUCAUCAGCAAUCAUCUGAUAUUGUCAUCAUCGACAACAACAACACUGUGAAGACAUCAUCUAUUAUUGGUUUAGAAAAAACACAACAACAACAACAACAGGAAUCUUCAGCAGAUGAUGAUUACAUGAUGCCAUCGAUGGCUAAGAUUGACGAUAACAAGAAAUCCGAUUCAAAAGAUUUGAUAUCAAUGAUGAUGACCACCACAACUACAAGCGAUUCAAAAAACUUGAUAUCAAUUCCAAGUAAAACUACAGCUCCGACAGCAACACCAUCGACAUCGACAGCCACUACUACUACUACUACUGCUAGUGUUGCUGUUGUCGGCCAUAGAUCUGAUAACAUAUUUCCAAUGAUCAAAGAUAUCUAUUACGAUGAGGAGAUCCAACAACAACAACAUGAAAUGGUAUCACCAUUUGGGCCGUCGUCGUCAUCGUCAUCAGCAUUACCACCACCAAUGAUGUCUACAUUUACUACUACUACAACAACAACAUAUUCAGAUGAUCUGAUGAUGACAACACCAUCAUCAUCUAUGGCACAGUCAUCAUCAUCACCAUCAGCAUCAGCAGCAGCGGCAUCGGCUAAAUCAUUGUCCAAUAUUGUUGUCAACGUCGACAACAACAACAAGACCGACAUCAAGACUUCUAGUAAUAAUAAUAAUAAUAAUAAUAAUAUAAUACCCGAUGUAUUGAUUAAAGAUACGGCAACUUUGGUGAGGAUAUCAUCAGAUAUUACAAAAUUAUAA